UCCCACUCUAUGACAAAAUAAAAAUGUUGGCUUGCAUCAAUUUCGACUGAGCAACAAAGCUUCUGCUCGGGCGAUCGCAUCUCAUUCCAUUGCCUACCGCACACCUGCAAACGAGUGGUUUGAGCUAGUGAGAGAAAUGAGCACUGCCGAACGAAAAUGAAGACAGUGAUGGGAAAAGUUGGAAAGUAUGAGGUUGGGAGAACCAUUGGAGAGGGAACAUUUGCAAAAGUGAAGUUUGCACAAAACACAGAGACUUGUGACAGUGUCGCUAUAAAGGUCUUGGCAAAGAGUACCAUUCUCAAGCACAAAAUGGUUGAUCAGAUAAAACGUGAAAUUUCCAUUAUGAAGAUUGUCCGACAUCCUUGUAUAGUCAAAUUGCAUGAGGUUCUAGCCAGCCAAUCAAAAAUAUACAUAGUUCUUGAAUUUGUAACUGGUGGAGAACUUUUUGAUAAAAUUGUUCACCAUGGAAGACUCUCUGAGAAUGAAUCGAGGAGAUACUUUCAACAACUGAUUGAUGCUGUUUCCCACUGCCACAGCAAGGGUGUGUAUCAUCGUGAUCUAAAGCCUGAAAACCUGCUCCUUGACUCCAAAGGAAGCUUGAAGGUUUCUGAUUUUGGGCUGAGUGCGUUGCCCCAACAAGGAGUUGAUCUUCUCCAUACAACUUGUGGGACUCCAAAUUAUGUUGCUCCUGAGGUAUUAAGCCACCGAGGUUAUGAUGGUGCUGCUGCCGAUAUUUGGUCAUGUGGUGUCAUCCUAUAUGUUUUAAUGGCAGGAUAUUUACCAUUCGACGAGACAGACUUGCCCUCUUUGUAUAACAAGAUUAAUGCUGCACAGUUUAUGUGUCCGUUAUGGUUUUCUCCAGCUGCUACAUCAUUGAUACACAAAAUCCUUGACCCCAAUCCUGAAACUCGUAUUACUAUUGAAGGAAUAAAAAAGGAUCCAUGGUUCCAAAAAAAUUAUGUGCCUGUUAGACCUAGAGAAGAUGAAAUGGUGACCCUGGAUGAUGUUCGUGCAGUUUUUGAGGACAUUGAGGACAAAUAUGUAAAUGAGGAAUCCCAACAUGAUGGUGAUGGCCCUUUGAUAAUGAAUGCAUUUGAAAUGAUUACCCUUUCUCAGGGUUUAAAUUUAUCGGCCUUGUUUGACAGGAGGCAGGAUUAUGUCAAACGACAGACUCGUUUUGUUUCUCGACAACCUGCAAAGCUUAUACUUGCAGCAAUUGAGGCUGCUGCAGAAUCAAUGGGUCUCACGGUUCACACUCGUAACUACAAGAUGAGAUUGGAAGGUGUAUCUGCUAAUAGAGGCUGUCAAUUUGCUGUUGUCCUGGAGGUUUUUGAAGUUGCACCAUCUCUCUUUAUGGUGGAUGUCCGUAAGGCAGCUGGAGAUACUCUGGAAUACCACAAGUUCUACAAGAACUUCUGUUCAGUUAUUAAUCAUGUAAUUUGGAAACCGAGCGAGCGUAUGCCGAAUCCUGUUUAAUGGUAUGAAAGAAAUCUGUCAGCAAAGUCAAAACACAAGGGAGAUCACAUAGUUUAAACUCUGCUGGAAAACCAUUCCUGUUUAAUUAAUUAUUGGUGACGAUGAAGAUAAGAAAAUAAUGGAAAGAUUGUUUUUAUGUAAUAUUCUUGUCAAGUGGUAAAGCUGUUAGCAUUUUUAAUUAAAGUGUAUAUCUUCGAAAAGUUCGUUGGGUAAGGAAAGUCCGAAGGCGAAAAGAUGCAAGUGUUGUAUAUGUAUAAACGUUGUCAUGUUUCUACACAUAGUGUUCAUCAACUGAAAUGAAACGCGAUAUUGUAAAGGAUACAUCUGCAGAGGUUAAUGUGUCACAAGUCUGUAUAUAGACAAUAAAAAGGAUUUUUUUACCAACAAAAAAU